GGGGACACCGGGACCGGGGCGGUGGCAGCGGGUGCCCGCCCCGAUGACCGGCCUGUUUACACCGGGGCGGCGCGUACCACAACGGCGGGGGGGCAAGGCGGGUGGUAGUUGCGCGCAGUCCCCGCCGCGCUGAGCCGCCCUGGCAGCGCGGCGCCCCGGUUACCGAGCACGGGGUUGUGGGUACCGGGUUCCCACCACCGAGGCCCAUCCCGCUGCCGGCUGCGUUCCGGUUCCUGGCUCCGUGCCCGCGCUCCCCCCCUCGCCGCCGCCAUGGUUCGUCCCGCGCCGCCGCGAUUGGCCGAGCGCUUAAAGGGGCAGGCAGCGCGCGCUUUUCCGCCCUCGCCGGCGCGGCGCAUCCCGGUGCGCGGGGCGGGGGGGGCAGCGGCGGCGGGAGCGCGGCCCCCCCUCGGCGGCGCCAUGGAGGCGGCGGAUGGCGGCCGCCGCGGGACACAAAGGGCAGCGCGGCGGCGGCGGCGGAGGGCGGCUCAGCGGGGCCCUAUGGCGGCGGCGGCGGCGGCAGCGCAGGGGCCCGGCCCGGUUGGCGGCGGCGGAGCUCCGCGGUACAGCCUGCUGGCCGAGAUCGGCCGCGGGGCCUACGGCGUGGUGUACGAGGCGGUGUCGGACCGCAGCGGCGCCCGCUUGGCGGUGAAACGGAUCCGUUGCGACGCUCCCGAGAACGUGGAGCUGGCGCUGGCCGAGUUCUGGGCCCUGACGAGCCUCCGGCGGCAGCACCCCAACGUGGUGCGCUUCGAGGAGUGCGUCCUGCAGCGGCACGGCCUGGGGCAGCGCAUGAGCCACGGCAACAAGCGCAGCCAGCUCUACCUGCGCCUCGUGGAGACCUCCCUCAAAGGUGAGAGGAUCCUGGGCUAUGCAGAGGAACCUUGCUACCUGUGGUUUGUCAUGGAGUUCUGUGAAGGAGGAGACCUCAACCAGUACGUGCUCUCACGAAGACCCGACCCAGCCACGAACAAGAGCUUCAUGCUGCAGCUGACCAGUGCCAUCGCCUUCCUGCACAAGAACCACAUUGUCCACCGGGACCUGAAGCCAGACAACAUCCUGAUAACAGAGAAGUCUGGAACCCCUGUCCUCAAAGUGGCCGACUUCGGGUUGAGCAAGGUCUGCGCUGGCCUCACUGCUCGGGGCAAGGAGGGGGAGCACGGGACCAGGAAUGUGAAUGUGAACAAGUGCUGGCUCUCCUCGGCUUGUGGCUCUGAUUUCUACAUGGCCCCCGAGGUCUGGGAGGGGCACUACACUGCCAAGGCUGACAUCUUCGCUCUGGGCAUCAUCAUCUGGGCCAUGAUUGAGAGGAUCACUUUCAUUGAUGCCGAGACCAAGAAGGAGCUGCUGGGGACCUACGUCAAGCAGGGGACUGAGAUUGUGCCUGUUGGGGAAGCGCUGCUAGAAAACCCAAAGAUGGAGCUGCACAUCCCUCAGAAACGCAGGACUUCCAUGUCUGAGGGGAUCAAGCAGCUCUUGAAAGACAUGUUGGCUGCUAACCCGCAGGAUCGACCUGAUGCCUUUGAGCUUGAAACCAGAAUGGACCAGGUUACAUGUGCUGCUUAAAUUCAGGGCAGGGCACUGCUGUGCUUUGCAGCUGGGUUUAUUUACCAGGGACCCAUGAUCUCCAUUAUUUACGUGCAAGGAGGGAAGCUGAAGCUAAGGGAUGCUGAGGAUGAGGAUGAUGA